UCUUUCAAGAAGGAGAUUGCCGACGACUUCGUCGACAACAUGAUCGUCAUAGCUGCCAAGCCAGAUUAUCAUCUCCAGAGCGGCUUAGACCACUGCAUUCGACAGUUGACUAGUGCCAUAUCAAAGGUGGAUGAAGCAGCUCGGGUCCUCGAGGCCAAGUAUCCCAUUCAGAAGACAGAAAGUGGCUCUGCCAGCAACGGAACAGUUGCAAGGGAUAUCCAGAACUUUGUUGCCUGCUGCCGCAACAUUUCCGCGGGCAUGUGCACCUGGAGUUUGUUGACACCAAGGUAUGGCGUUCUAAAGAGUCUGCGAUCUGCUGAUGGAAGCAUCACGUUCACUGCUGGAGAAGCUGUACCAAUCUGAACAUGCCAAAAUCGGGGGUAAAUGUCAAAGGAUACAUGCCAGAAUGGUUGUUGAGCACAUCCCUCUGGCCUAUGGCUAGACAUUAUAUCUCAGUAAGCGCCGGCCAGACAUUGAUGGCUUCAACGGUCCCGGACGAGAGACGAGACCCCGGACAGAAUCAUACACGAAGACCUUGUUCCCGCAUGAUCAGGGGAUACCGCGACUAUCCUCUUUUGUGAAAUGCUUGAAAAUCAGG